AUCUUUAAAAACAAAACAACAGACUAAUUAGCGUUAUAAAAUCUGAGUCAUAAAUACAAAAGUGCAUUCUAAUAACCCAAUAGCUGCAUUAGAUUGAGAGCUAACAAGCUUAGUACUGAUAAGCCGUGACCCCUAGGGAGCCGGCGGGAUAUCAUCACUCAGUGACAGUCCAUCCUUAUAACGAGAUGUGGGCCCACAAAUUGAUACUGUGCUGUCUUCUAUUGUCUGUGAGGGGGGAAGAAGACACAGAAGAGGACACGAGUGACGAUGCAAAAUUAGCUGAAGGAGAAAAGAAGCUGAGUGACAAUGUGCUCAAGAUGUUGGAGCACUUCAAACAGCCGGACCCGGUGGGGCUGCCGGGCGCAGAGAUACCGGAGCCGUACCCGGUGCCCGACAUGAAGCAGUCGCUACAGUUCGGAACACUCUACUUCAAGAACACAGCCGUGUAUGGCAUCAGCAAGUUCCGCAUCUUGUAUGUUAAAGCCGAGAUUGGAGCAAUGGAGGUCCAAGCAGCAUUAACUAUCGACGUUUUACAAGCUCGCGGUAAUUAUACGAUGUCAACGUGGCUGAACAAAGCUCAAGGUCCCUUCACAGUUGAUGUCACCGGGCUGAAGAUCGUGGCGAGAGGAACGCUCGGCGUGGAGCGCGACGGCAAGCUGAGAGCACAAGACAUCCACAUAGAUCUCGGCUUCAGCACAAUUCAAGUUGAUUUCCAAAACCUUGGCUUCUUUGGCGGAAUGUUCCAAGGCAUCAUCAACUCAGUAGGCAAUUUCCUGUUCGACUCUAUCAAACCUUACGUUCUCAAGGAAGCCUACACGAAAGUCAGAGCAGAAAUAAACUCGAAACUUGAUGAAGUAGCCGGCGACAUGCAAUUCCCUAACUCUAUUUCUCCGUUAGACAUGGUGAUUAUAGAUGUAAGGAAAAAAGUCCGCAAUAUGAAAUUCGAUCCGUAUAAAGUUAAGGACUACAACACAACUGUGAGCAUAUUCACUGUUACUUUGUCAAAUACCUGGAUAACUGGCGUAUCGUCGUUCCAGAGAGUUGGUAAUAUUACAAUGAAGUUGGAAAACAAUACGGCGGUGGCAGACUUUGAGAUCGGUACUCAGAAACUUGAAGGAAGCACUCAGUGGGACAUCUCAGCAAUAGGCGGCCUCGCGUCAAGGGCUGGAACUGCAUCCUUUUCAGUAGAGUAUAUCAUCGCCAGGGUAGUCGCAGCUCAACCACUUGACACGAGACAAAAGCCAAUAUUUAGAGGCAUUGACCUUGAGAUAGGCAACAUACAAGUCCGCUGUAACGGAGCAGGGACUUUAGACUAUCUCAUUGAAUUCGUCGUUAACAUUUUGCCGAAUCUUUUGAGAUACCAGAUUAUGGAUGCUCUAGAGGGUCCUAUUAAAGAAAAAGUUCAACAGGAACUAGACAAACUGGAUGUCGAAGAAUUGAUAGUACAUGAGUUACCUAAACUGGACCAGAUGGAGAGCACUGGCUUCAAGCUGUCAGACCUGGUGGCUUCCAACGAUGACGAUGAACCGUACGAUGAAGAUGAGUUCUUUAACUUUUAGUUUUAAUUUAGCUUUAUAGUCGCGUUUUGUAAACUCAUCUACUUAUUUAUGAAAUGGAAUAUAGUUAAUGUUAGCUAAA